AUGGCUCUAAAUGGCUCUAAAUGGAUGGUUUUACCAUCCAGUUCUCAAUUUCCUGAGCGUAUGAGUAAAAUAUUUAAGACUGGAACAUCAGAAUCAGAAGACGCUCCUUACUUUGAGAAAUCCCUGUAUGAAGUAGAAGUUAAAGAGGAUGAAAAACUACAUACUCCAAUCAUGCGUAUUGCCGCCCAAAAUCACGAUGAUGCCACGAAUAUUCGAUACGAGAUCACGGGCGGUAACAUAGGUGGUGUGUUUGCCGUUGAUUCACAAACAGGGGAUGUUUCCCUUGCUGCAAAACUGGACUACGAAUCAAAGAAAAUGUAUGAGCUGAGACUGUCCGUAACUGACGAAGAGUCAAUCAGUUACACGAGUCUACGUGUGACAGUACUAGAUGUCAACGACAACCCUCCCGUAUUUGACAAGCCCUUGUAUCGUGCCCUUGUGCUGGAGGAGGACUCCACUAACUUACCGAAAAAAAUACUACAGGUAAACGUGUCAGAUUCAGACAUCGAUAGGCCUCGGAACAUUGACUACUUCCUCACCGGCCCGGGUGUAGACGCAGAUGUUCCCUCGAACGGCAAGUUCUCCAUUAACAAGACAUCCGGAGAGGUUUAUGUCCUACAACCUCUAGACCGUGACCUCCCUCAUGGACGACCCCAGUGGAGGUUCACGGUGUUCGCCCAAGAUGAAGGAGGGGAAGGUUUGGUGGGGUAUGCAGAUAUCCACGUCAACUUGCAGGAUGUCAAUGAUAAUGCUCCGAUUUUCCUUCAGAGUCUCAGUACUACCAAUCUGACGGAAAAUGGAACAGCUGGUACAGGAACGGUGUCCAUCAUAGUAUCAGAUAUCAACGAUAUGCCGCCCGCCUUCACCAAAGAUGAGUGGGUAACGGAGGUCAGCGAAUCAGAAGACGGCAGGAUACCAGACCACGCCAUCCUGACAGUUAAUGUUAUCGAUCAAGUUGAGACCAACGACUUCUAUUACAAGGUCCGUCAUAACAAUGUUUUAAUGUAUUGA